AUGGUACUCCAGCCGAACAAACCAGCACCAAACUUCAAGGGUACAGCCGUGGUUGAUGGAACAUUCAAAGAGAUUUCAUUGAAAGACUAUGAAGGAAAGUAUCUGUUGAUAUUCUUCUAUCCAGCUGAUUUCACCUUCGUCUGUCCAACAGAGAUUAUCGCGUUCAGUGACCGCAUUGAAGAAUUCCGCAAUAGAAAUUGCGAAGUUGUGGCCUGUUCGACCGACUCACAAUACUGCCAUUUCGCGUGGACCAAUAUGGAGCGUAAAAAAGGCGGGUUGGGUAAAAUGAAUAUUCCUCUUUUGGCAGACAAAACCAUGUGUAUCUCUCGGGCUUAUGGUGUUCUGGACGAGGAGGAAGGAGACACGUUUCGCGGUAUGUUCAUCAUCGAUACGAAGGGCAUACUGCGUCAGAUAACCAUCAAUGACAAACCCGUGGGUCGAUCAAUUGAUGAAGCGAUUCGUCUGUUAGAUGCAUUUCAAUACGUGGAAAAAUACGGAGAGGUUUGUCCGGCCAACUGGAAAGCCGGGAAAAAAACCAUCAAACCGGAUAUGAAUGCGAGUCAAGAGUAUUUCAAAGAGGCCCUCUGA